UGUUCGUCGCAGUCCAAUCUUGAAUUGACCUGUUCGUUCCGAUCAUUCAUACGGGCCUCUGUGAACAAAGAUCUUUCCCUUGCAUCCAUUGGAGAAGGCAUUCCAGAGAGAAGCCGAUGGGUGCAAACAGCGACGCCAAUCCGGAUGCUUCCGACGAGCAGCAGAAGCGGUCUGAGAUCUAUACCUACGAGGCGCCAUGGCACAUCUACGCCAUGAACUGGAGCGUCCGCCGUGACAAGAAGUACCGCCUCGCCAUUGCUAGCCUUCUCGAGCAGUAUCCCAACCGUGUCGAGAUUGUCCAACUUGAUGAUUCCAGUGGUGAGAUUCGCUCUGACCCUAAUCUCUCCUUCGAGCAUCCCUAUCCUCCUACCAAGACCAUCUUCAUCCCGGAUAAGGAGUGCCAGCGCCCUGAUCUUCUCGCUACUUCCAGCGACUUUCUCCGUGUUUGGCGCAUCUCGGAUGACUCUUCUUCUGUGGAGCUCAAGAGCCUUCUUAAUGGCAACAAGAACAGUGAGUUUUGUGGUCCUCUUACCUCCUUUGACUGGAACGAUGCCGAGCCCAAGCGUAUUGGAACCUCCAGUAUCGAUACUACCUGCACAAUCUGGGAUAUUGAGCGGGAGACCGUUGAUACGCAACUUAUCGCCCAUGAUAAGGAAGUCUACGACAUCGCCUGGGGCGGCGUUGGUGUAUUUGCUUCCGUUUCUGCCGACGGUUCUGUCCGGGUCUUCGAUUUGCGCGACAAGGAGCACUCUACCAUCAUCUACGAGAGCUCCGAGCCUGACACUCCCUUGGUUCGAUUAGGCUGGAACAAGCAGGACCCUAGAUAUAUGGCUACAAUUAUCAUGGACAGCGCCAAGGUCGUCGUGCUUGACAUUCGCUUCCCAACACUCCCCGUCGUCGAGUUACAGAGACACCAAGCUAGUGUCAACGCUAUUGCUUGGGCGCCGCAUAGUUCUUGCCACAUCUGCACCGCCGGGGAUGAUUCUCAGGCCUUGAUUUGGGACUUGUCGUCCAUGGGGCAACCCGUCGAAGGUGGCCUCGAUCCCAUUCUUGCAUAUACAGCUGGAGCAGAAAUCGAGCAGCUGCAAUGGUCCUCUUCCCAGCCGGACUGGGUUGCGAUUGCCUUUUCGACUAAGCUUCAGAUUCUAAGGGUAUGAUGCAUGUGAGUAAUUCCAUGUACCUUUUCAAGUAGUAACUCAUAUAGGAGCUUACUUGUUCUGGCAUGUUCCUCCCAUUUCUUUUGGCAACAACACUUUGAUCAUGCUACUAAUCGUUGUUCAUCCCUGCUCUUAGAAUUUCGAAUGAUUGAUGUAGCCAUAUUUUACGUAGAGCUGUUUGCACUCUAUUCUUGUAACCAAAUUUCCUUCUUGUAUAUGCAGCAACAUCUAGCUUUCGUUCUUUAUCUUCACAGAUAGUCAUGUUUGAGAACUAUCAUGUGUAACUUUGUUGGGCUAGUUAAUAUCUCCAAUUCAUCCUUUAAGACGUACACAACCUACUAAAGAUGCA